GUACAGAUUUGGGUGCCGUCCUCCGAGGACGGGCCACCGCGAGGGUGGGGGUUUCCUAUCGGGCUGAUCGGCGUCCGUAGAUCGGCGAUCGAUAAAUGUUUGUCGCGGGCGAGUGACCUAACUAAUAAUGCUCGUAUCACUUAUGCAGCUCUAGUUUCUAUUAUGCAAAUUUUCGAUCAGAUCGAGCAUUACCCUUCCCCUCCGAUUUCAAUGGACAAAAAACAAGUUGAAUCUCUAACUGAAAUUGUUAUGUAUUUGCAGGAAUUUCUUGAAGGCUAUAAGUCUCCUUUUGCUGACGUCAAUGAAGCAGAUCCAUUGGAGAUGCGCAUUGCUGAUGCAGUUUAUGCGGCUGAAGAUGUAAUCGAAUCUCACCUUGUGGAACAGCUUCGUCCUGAUGUCUUAGUCUUGUACGAGGCCCUGAGUGACAUGAUAGAAGACAUGAAUUUGAUGGUUGAAAUCAAAGAAAGGGUGAUUAAACGCGUGGAUUUGAUCUUUGCACUCAAAGGUCGUCUUCGUGGACAAGUCUCUGAUUCCUCGACAUCUAGAGACUUGCAUAAGAGAGUGGGGGAUUUGAUAAAAGACAUUCAGUUGUUAGAAAACAGGGUGAUGGAACACAUGGAUUGGAUCUUGGAACUCGAAUGUUAUCUGCAGAGACAAGUCUCGGAUUCCUCAACAUGUGCAGACUUGUAUAAGGCUGUGGUGGAGGUGAUAGAACGCAUGAGUUUCAUCAAGCAAGAAGUGAUGGUGAUUUUUUAA